AGCAGAGCCGAAGCAACCAGAGUGUUCGCCAUUGUCCCGCUCCCUCUCUCUCUCCGAUCAGCGCGAGCAUCCAAGAGAAAUCGCCGCCGAUGCCUCCUCCCCCGCCACCUCAGACCGUGUUCCUGCGCCGGUCUGCGCCCGACGCCGCCUCCGACGAGGCGGCCGCGGUGGCGAUCGUCGAGGUGGAGGGGGGCGACGGGGUGGACCUCGCGCAGGUGGGCCGCGCGCUGGGGCUGGACCCGGCCACCGUCCGCCUCAACGGCUACUUCCUCAGCCGCGGCUCCGGCCACGUCUCCCUGUCCGUCACCUGGGGCGCGCUCCUCGCCUUCUUCGCCGCGCGCGGGCUGCCCACCGGCGCCGACCCCGCCACGCCCGUCGCCGUCCACGGCAGGCUCGCACCUUCGCACCUGCUAACAGAGCCUGGAGCUAUCCGGUCCUCAAAGCGAAAGUCCAGCUUGGAGACCGAAAAUUGUUCCAAGAAGAGCAAACUCCAACAUCACAUCGAAGCUCUGUCUAAAUGUAGCGAAGAGAUACUUAGUGAUGAUAUCACCCUUGGUUUGAAGAGAAGACUCAGAUUGGAUGAGGCUACUCCAUCUAAGAAGAUUAAACAAGUUGACUACAACUCAGUGAAUGGAGAAGGAAGGGAGCAGCCAGUCAAGUUCUCUUGCAGCUUCAUCAAUGGGCACAGCAAGCGGCUGUCGGAUAAGGAGAUGGUCACGUCACUCCUGUUGAAGAGGGUCCGGACAGCCAUGUAGUUUGGUCCGCAUCAGGUUUGUAUUGAGUGCUAAUUGCAACAGUUGUAGAAUUGAGUUCCUUGUGUACAUCCAUGUGUUUGAUAUGAUGCCA